AUGAUCCACGUUCCUGAGCCUCCAAUGACGAUCCACGUUCCGGAGUCCCCAGCGACAACCCACGGUCCGGAGCCUCCAGCGAUGAUCCACGUUCCGGUUCUUCCGGCGACGAACCACGGUCCGGAGUCCCCGGCGAUGAUCCACGAUACGGUUCCUCCAGCGACGAUCCACGGUACGGAGCCUCUGGCGGUGAUCCACGCCUGCAUGCCUGAUAGCUGCUCUAGGGCUUGGCCUGUGGGGGUGAUGGGGCUGGUGGUUCUAGUCCGGAUGGCGCGGGGCAGCGAAGCUGAGACAGAGUGUUUCAUCUGGGACUUGGAGAACAGCCAUCCUCUGGAGCCUUACGGGGCCACAGCUAGGGAGGAGCAAGCGCUGGUCGUCGAGGGGUUGUUGAAUAUCUACUGGGGUCUGCGGCGACCAAUCAGACUGCAGAUGCACGACGACAACGAGAGACUCCACUACGGAGGCGUCAACAGGAAUGAGAGAUCCCAGGUUCUUCCAAAGCAGACAGAAUCUAACAACAACAUACUCGACAGAACUACUGACCCUGCCUUGACCAGUAGUCUAGAGGAGGACGACGAGGAGGUCCCCCAGCUGCUGCGGACCAGGAGUGAUGCCUCCUUCAUGGGGGUCACCAGAAGGUCAAAGACACACGCACACUCUGACCUGCAGCACUUACGCUCACACAGAUUCUCCAUCAAUGGACACUUCUAUAACCACAAGACAUCAGUAUUUACUCCAGCGUUCGGGUCGGUCACUAACGUCCGAGUCAACAGCUCCAUGACAACACUACAGGUCCUCAACCUGCUGCUACAAAAGUUCAGAGUGGAGAAUAAAGCAGAUGAGUUUGUUCUCUACAUGGUCCAUGAGUCUGGUG